AUGGCCGAAUCAUCGCCGCCGAACACUCCAGCUCAUUGCACGGCUGACUUCUGCCUCAUCCCGCUCGGCACGCCCACCGCUUCUGUAUCCCAAGAAGUAACCGACGUCGUCCGCCUCAUCCAACGGUCCGGUCUCUCGUAUUCCACUCACUCCGCUGGAACUACUCUCGAAGGAUCGUGGGACGACGUGAUGCGGGUGAUCGGACAGGCCCAUCAACUGCUUCAUGAGAACGGGGUGGUGCGCAUCCAGAGCGACAUCCGCGUGGGCAGCCGGACGGACAAGACGCAGACUUUUGCGGAGAAAGCCGAGAAGGUGCAACAGCUGCUUAAGGAGGAAGAGCGAUCAUGA